AUGCACCUCGUCUCUACAGCAGUCUUUCCUAGCAGCGAAUUUGAGUCCGAGUCGGAGGAAGAGUCUCAGGAUAAACUGGGCCUCGAUGAUAAAGAUGAACAACUCUCCCCGGAGUACUUUCUUCAGGAGGCCGAGUCUCUGGAUAUGUCUCAGCUCCGGUUCUGCAAAGGUGCAAAGCGCGAUCCAGUUGAAUGUCUAUCCCAACUCUCUAAUACCGAAAAGACAUGGUAUCUGAUCUACAAGUCCGAGGUUGGAUAUAAACUUAGCAAAGAUAUUCAGGUGAAAAUCCGCGACGUGCUUGCGAUAGUAGCGAAAGAAGAAAAGCUUUCCCUCCAACCUCGACCGAAAGCGACUAUAUAUAUCGAAGAUAUGGCUGAAUUUGCGCGAGUAAUCCUGUCCACGACCGAGCUAACGUUUCCCUGUGGCUGGUACAGAAUACAACUUCUCCUCUUUUACCAGCUGGCGGCUAUCACUGGUAGUCGUCCGGGGGCGCUAUUGGAACUACGCUUCCGGGAUCUAAAGCUGACAUGA